AACCGGCAUGGGGUUUGUUUUAAUGUUGAGAGGUUGAGAGUUUUGCUAACUGUAAAUUAGGAGUUGUUUUAGUUGAUAAAGUAAGUUUUGUUUGGAAAGGCUAAAGCCUUGCAAAAUUGCAAACUGCUGAAGUAGAAAUCUCCGACUGGAUUACUUCACUAUGAAGACAUGGGUUCAUUUUUAUUUGCUUUACUGAAAGGAAAACCUUGUUCAGACAGGAGGUAAGAUGACAACAAAGUGAUGUUAAUGUGUGAUGACUGAUUGCAGCAUUCAAGGCGGCUAAUUGUGGGUCAUGCAUGCUGCCGGGCCUCUAGCCUGCGCUUUGUACACUCCCAGCCCUUGAGCCAGUGUCAUCCAGUAGGUAGAGGCUCUUCCUCCCUCUAGCCACCGUUUCUCCCCCCUGCCCCCAUCAGCCCCAGAGUUCCCUAUGUUAACCCUCUUGAGCAUGUUUUACUACAUAUGUCUGCGGCGACGCUCCAGGAGUGGGACUCGAGGCGAGGCUCUGACCAGUCGGCGGGCCGUGGAGUCCGGCCAGCGGGCAGUGUUGCCGGUCAGUGUGGAGGUGGAGCAGUAUGCCAAGGAGGUUCUGGACUUCAGCUCACACUAUGGCAGUGAGAAUAGCAUGUCCUACACUAUGUGGAACCUGGCGGGGGUACCCAACGUCUACCCCAGCUCUGGGGACUUCACUCAGACGGCUGUAUUCAGAGCUUAUGGGACGUGGUGGGAACAAUGUGCCAGUGCUCCGCCACCUUUCCGCCGCACCCCUAAAGGCUUCAAAAGCCAGGAUUAUAUUGAACUGGGCUUCGAGGAGCCGGUCUACCCUACGGCAGUGGAUGUGCUUGAGACUUAUUACCCUGGAGCCAUCGUCCAGAUUCAGGCCUGCUCUCACAACCCCUUCUCCCAGAACCCACCUACUGAUGUCAGGUGGGAGGUGCUGUGGUCAGGGGAGCCCACCAAGGUGCUGACACCCCAGGCACGUCAGUUUUCCCCUAACAUCAAGCAUAUCAACUUCCCCACCAACCUGCUGCGUCUGGAGGUCAACAGCUCUCUGCAGGACUACUACACCGAGCUGGACGCUGUAAUCCUGCGUGGGGUAAAAGAGAGGCCCAUGCUGGCCCUCUAUAAGAUGCCCAUCAUCGACAUUAAUGACCUGAGUGACAGCGAGGAGGAGCUGUCUGAUUUGGGAGGUUCAUACAGACAAGGAGGAGACGGCAAGCACCAGAGGACAGGCAACGGCUACUUUGACAAACUGCCCUAUGAGCUCAUCCAGCUGAUACUGAGCCACCUGACCCUGCCAGACCUCUGCCGUCUGGCCCAGAGCUGUAAGCUGCUGCACCAGCACUGCUGCGACCCGCUGCAGUACACCCAGCUGAGUCUGCAGCCCUACUGGGGCCGGCUGAGUGACGCCUCCUUGGGACACCUGCAGAGCCGCUGCACCCUCCUCCAGAGGCUCAACCUGUCCUGGACCGGCAACCGCGGAGCUCUCAGCCUGGCCGGCUUCAGCAGCUUCAUGAAGGCCUGUGGUCUCAGCCUGGCCUGCCUGGAGCUGUCGUGCUGCCACUUCCUGAAUGAGUCCUGUCUGGAGGUCAUCUCUCAGACUUGUCCUGGGCUGCAGGAGCUCAACCUGUCCUCCUGCGACCGCCUCCACCCGCAGGCCUUCGCACACAUCUCCAAACUUACACGCCUCCGCAGGCUGGUGCUCUACCGCACCAAGAUAGAGCAAACAGCUAUUCUGAGCAUCCUGACUUUCUGCAUAGAGCUGAGACACCUCAACCUAGGGAGCUGUGUGAGGAUUGAUGACUAUGAUGUCGUGGCCAGUAUGCUGGCUGCUCGCUGUCGCUCACUCUGCUCGCUGGACCUGUGGCGCUGCAGGAACCUGACCGAUCGAGGCCUGGCUGAGCUCGUCUCUGGCUGCAGGAUGCUGGAGGAGUUGGACCUGGGCUGGUGUCCCACACUGCAGAGCAGCACCGGAUGUUUCCAGCACCUCGCCCGCUGCCUGCCUCGCUUGCGCAAACUCUUCCUCACCGCCAACCGCACUGUCUGCGACUCGGACGUAGAGGAGCUGGCAGCCAACUGCCUCUCACUGCAGCACCUCGACAUACUGGGUACGCGGUUGGUGAGUGCUGCCUCACUGAAGAAACUACUCCAGGCUUGUCCGCGACUUCUCCUCCUGGACGUCUCCUUCUGUUCGCAGAUAGACAUGCGUGUCGUCCAAGAGCUCACCGGCGUCUUCCCCAAGGUGGCCAUCAAGAAGAGCUUCACUCAGUGACCACGGCGUCGUCUCAUUUCCCACAGUCCAAAGGAAGUAAGAGGAGGGAAGUGCUUGCCAGCAGACACUGCCCCGAAGUGAAUAAGCGGCAGGUCAGAUGCUGAAGGAGAUUGCUGACGGUCUUAUUGACCAAAGCAGUUGUAAUGGGUGAGGAGGUUCUUUGGAUUAACUGGCUGAACACAAACAACUACAGACUCCUAGUCACAGGGUCAUAGAAGGUGAGACUUUUUACUUUAUUUUUUUUUUGUCUGGACACUUGAAAUCAGGGUCGUUGCGGUAAAGCUGCUACAUCUUCCCAGAAUCUGAAUCACCACUUAUGUAUUGCCAAGCAACACAAGGCUAGGAAAUAUGCCACUGGAUGCAAAACAAAAACAUUUUGUGAGCAAUCCUCCCUUGAACAUCUUGUUCGGACAACGGAAAGGGACAAAAAAAAGGUGUGAACCUUUAUUGGAAACAGCUGGAAAAUCUGCAGUAGGAUGUGGGAGUCCCAUAUUUAUGUCAUCUGGUAACGUAAUUAAAGAUCAGGGCCUUGGUCAGUGCCUUGUCAGAAUGUGCAGCGAUCAUGCCGGCUGUUUUAAUGCAUCAUUCUGAAGGCAUCUGUCAACAUUACGCCAGUUUGAUUUAACGAUAAGAAAUCAUACCCGAUGCUGUUGUGUUCAAAGGUAUCAGGAGCUUUAAAGGUGAAAACACAGAAGUGGACGCAGCCUUAUUUCACACAGUGUACUGUGUGGAUUGUGUCAACUCAAACCUUAAUGCAAGUAUCACAAAGUAUUUGUUGCUACAAACCGACUGCAGAAUCACACGAUAGGCUCUCGUGUUGAAAAGAAACACACCAUCCAACUGUCCUUGCACCUGAGAUUUCAUCAGAAACGUAUGUGAGAACAUGUGAAAAUGCAUUUGUUUUAAUUUACACAUGUGCUAUAAAUGACAUCAAGUCAAAAAAAACACCUGAGGCAUCAAAUCAGCAACAGACAGACUGACUCGUUUGAAAAG